UUACCAGUGCAGCGAUACCUACCAUAUACACGUUUACACACAUAUAUAAAUAAUUAGCAUAAAUUCAAUAAAGUUUGGUUGUUUGUUGGUUUAUAGUGACGGAUUAUUACACAAGUUACGCGGAAUUAUACGGAAUUUUGGGAUUCAGAAUUUCUAACGAACUAUAAAAGACGGGCUUCGGACGGCAACGGAAGUUAGUAAGCGGAAGCAAGUCAAGAAAAUGACAUUCAGAAAAUACCUAACAUUGCUGCUGGUGCUGGGGAGCGCUUGGUUCGGCCAAGCCACUGAGGAGGAGACCCAACUACAGCGCAACAAACGCACUCUGACCACCAUUUGUGUGGAGAUCAAGCCAAAUAAUCCACAGGAGGAGCCCUAUUUCAUGUGCAAAGGAGCGGACUUCACUCGUGCCGGCUUCCAACCCACCGCCACGGUUCCCAGCUACGGCACAGCGGUCACUGUGCAGAGUGUACAGCCGACCAUUAACAAUUAUCAGCACCCGACAGCACCCAUGCCUUUUCCAUCAUUUCCCGCCUUUGCGGCGGGUUUUUUUCCGGCCCCAGCUGCCGGCAAUCCCACAUUCCCAGCUCAAAAUCCCAGCUAUGGCGAGGAACAGCCGAAAACUGCGCCAUCGUCGCCAUAUAAUGGACAACAGCAAAUCGAUGCAAUGCCCUAUGGCGGGUACAAUAAUAAUGGCGCCCCCGUCAACAGCCCCGCAGGCGCUCCUGCCUUUGCACCUUCGCCUUUUGCGCCAGCAUAUGGCCAGCCAGCAGUUUCUUACACAGAUCCAGCAAGCCCAGCAGCGUCUGCGCGAGGAAAUGCAGCAGGUCCAGGCUCAGCGCCCUCGGCCGCUCCAUAUGCUGCUCCAACGGAUAAGAAACCGCCGACAGAUGCACAAGCAACUUCAGAGCAACAUCCUUCAAAUGGCCAGGAUCCCAAUGAUGGCUACGAUGCGCCCAUAGUCAGCGCCAGACAUCACAGUUCCAUGGAUAAAGAUGUGCUGGCCAUGCCAAAUGUGGGCUUCCAAUUACAGGAGCUGAACUCCAAGUAUAGGCAGCCCUUUGUGCCGCAAACGGAUCCCAUGCCCAUGGUAAUGCUGCCCGGUAUGUUGCCCCAGCAAAUGCUGCCCCUGACGCAGGCGCAUUUUCAGGAACCACAACAAAUGAUGCCGCUGGCACAGACGCAGUUUCAGGAGCCCGCAGCCGCUAGAAGUUUGGACAGGCCCAAUAUUUCGGACUACUAUGAUGAUCCGGUGAUGCGCAGCUUCUAUGGCGGUGCACCACCACCAGCGCCACUGACCGCAACUGAUCCAGAUCCGGCCGCCAAUUCAGAACUGAUGUUCCAGUACAAUAUACAUUCCAAUGUUACGCCGCCACCUCGCCUGAGCGGGCAAAACUCCACCAUUCCGGAGUUUAAGCCGAUGGCGAGACAAAUGAGUCCGUCGAGCGAUUCCUAUAAGAAGCCCACUGAGCGACCGGCAGGGAGACAACAAUGGGUUUAUUCACGCUUACCAGAAUUUUCUGCAAGACCUAGACCUGCUCCGGCCAACAACUAUCAAGUGCCAACUACAACCACAACACCUAGACCACCGCCGCCACCCGCCCCAGCACCAGCACUGGCACCCGCUCCACCACCCGCUCCGGCACCCGCUCCGGCACCCGCUCCAGCACCUGCACCCGCAGCCGCACCAUCGCCCGUUCCCUCUGAAAUGUUGGCGCCAGUGGCUCCCUUCAGACAAUACCACCCCUAUGCGCCACCAGUUCAGACGAAUGCCUGUGGUGGCUGCGCACCGCCGCUACCAACUCCACCACCAGCCUGUGCCACCCCGCUCGACAAUGGGAUUUCGUAUGCAGCGCCACCGUGUCCCAGCUACCAACCGGUAAUUAUAGCCAUGCCCUGCUAUGGACAACAACCACCCACGCAUUAUCUGGCUGUGCCGAAUAACGGGUAUGGUGCUGGCAGUGGACGCAGCGAACCGAUGGUGGGCAGUCCUUAUGGCUUGUCGCAGCAGGUUGGCAGUCCCUAUGGCAUGGGGCCACAAGUUGGCGCACCCUUCGGCCUUGGUUCGCCUUUCGGGCUGAAUCCGUUUGGACCAUUUGGCCAGCUCAAUCCGUUCAAUCCCUUCAAUCGCCUGCUAGGCUCACCAGCGCCACCAACGCAAGCACCACAAAUGGCUCCAACCACACCAUUUCAGCGGCUUUUUCAAAUGGGUGGACAACCUACUACCAUGGAGCCGACCACAUGGAAAACCACUGCCAGACCGAAGACUAUCAGCUAUGGCUACUCCAGCACCCCAGCUGCGACAAAAGCUAGCACCACUGACAGGCCUAGUCCGACAAUAGGCGCCUCCUUGGACGAGGAAGACGAGGAGCCAAAGACACAGGCCGAACCAGAACCCACCGCCUCGAAUGAGCCAGCAACUGGAGCGGCCACUGACAUCUCACCAACGGAUGCGACCGAGGGCGAUGCCACUUCUGCAGAAGACGAUGAUAGCAAAUCCAAGGAAUCGGACGAUCAGAGCCCCAAGCAGCUCCUAAACGAGGCUGAGAAGAAACUCAACUCCGACAAGCGACGACGUCAUUAUCCACGAGCCAGCAGCAGCAAUGUCCAGAAGCGCAAAUACCUGCAGAGAUUGUAGUUGCACCUGAACUUUCUGGCUAGAUUUAACAUUUGAAUUGAAAACUCAAGAAUAAAGCUAUAUACUGACAAAUAUUUUCUAUCUAAAAA